CUAUCUGACUGAAACCCUGUAGCUCCAGGACUUCCAAAAAAAUAAAAAUAAAAAAAGAUGAAGAAAUUAUUUGCUUUGCUGCUCUUCUGUCACGUCGCAUUUGGAGUGAAACACUCCUUGAAAUAUUUCCUCACUGCAACUUCUGGGGUCCCGAACUUUCCAGAGUUUGCGGCUGCAGUAGUGCUUGAUGAAGCUCAGGUGGGUUACUGUGACAGCAUCAGGACAGCUGAACCCAAACAGGACUGGGUGAGGAAAUUCAUAAAAGAUAACCCACAACACCUGGAGUGGCACAUUAACCAGUGCUCUGGAAACCAGCAGUUCUUCAGAGCCAACAUUGAUGGCUUGAUGGAACGCUUAAACCAAACUGGAGGUGCCCACAUCCUGCAGAGAAUGAACGGCUGUGAAUGGGAUGAUGAAACUGGAGACAUCAGGGGUUUUAAUCAAUAUGGAUAUGAUGGUGAAGACUUCAUAGCGCUGGACCUGCAGACGCUGACAUGGAUCGCUCCAAAACCACAGGCUUUUAUCACCAAACUCAGAUGGGACACAGAGAAAGCUCGACUACAAUUCAAUAAAAACUUCUACAUCCAUGAGUGCCCCAAAUCGCUGAAGAUGUACGUGCACUACAGGAAGAGUUUUCUGCAGAGGACAGAUCUUCCCUCAGUGUCUCUCCUCCAGAAGACUGCCUCCUCUCCGGUCACCUGCCACGCUACAGGUUUCUACCCCGACAGAGCCGACUUGUCCUGGACCAAAGAUGGAGAGGAGCUUCAUGAGGACGUGGACAAAGGAGAGAUCCUCCCCAACCAUGAUGGAAGCUUCCAGAUGAGUGUUGACCUGAACAUUUCAUCCAUCGCACCUGAAGACUGGAAGAGAUACCGCUGUGUGUUUCAGCUGUCUGGUGUCAAAGACGACAUCAGAACCAAACUGGACAAAGCAGCGAUCAGGACCAACAGGGGGUUUCCUGCUGGUGCUGUCAUUGGAGGAGUUGUAGUUCUGCUGCUGCUGGCGCUCUGCAUCGCUGGACUCUUUAUCUGGAGAAAGAAAUAUAACGGUACUCAGCAACACAAGAACAGCUGUCCUGCCUUUACAUUCAAAGCAGAUAUCUAUAAAAAUAUUUCCAGCAAGUUAUAG